AUGUCUACGUUUGGCUCAGCGGAGAGACGGGCGUUCGCACUCAAAAUCAACAGGCACUCCUCAGCUGAGGUCAGGAAGAACUACGGCAACUAUGGGAUCUAUCACAGUCGGACAAACUCCAAUGCCUCGGCUUCAGUGUCUCUCUCUGUGCCGCAGUCGUACGAGGCGGUGGAGCCCCUUGACCUGGAGGAGUUCCUGAUGUCACAGCUACACAGCGGAGACUCCAGCCUGAUGCAGGAGCUUGGAGACUUCCCCAACGACGACCUGAACGUGGAGCAGGUGGAGAGGGAGUGCCGCACGGUCCGACACUCCGUCCCUGAGGAGGGUGUGGAGUUGGAUCCCCACGUCAGAGACUGCGUUCAGAGUUACACCCAGCCUUGGAUUGUCGUCACCAGAAGGUGCCAGGGCGAUGGCUGGAGCUCGUACUCUGAGCGAGCCGGACUCCACAAACUCCUCCGCAAGCAGACGUUUGAGUCGGACGUACAGCCUGAUAAACAGCAUACACCAGUGAAGUCUCCGUCUCUGGCCGCGCUGAGCGAUGACUGCGGCCGCUCGCUGACCUCCACAGACUUUGACCUCCGGUGUCUGACAGCGGACCCCAGACUGGAGGGGCUCAUGGCGUUCAGCAGUCACGAGGAGCUGGACCGCUUCAACCAAGAGGCCCGACAUGGGAACAGACACCCAGAGCUGUUCGCACUGUGCCCCCCAGCUGAUGAGGAAGAUGCAGUGGAGAUCCGGCCCAUCCCAGACUGUCCCAAAGAGCACACAGGAGACCGCAUUCUCAUCCGGUGCCAAGCUAUCAAGUUCGAGAUUGACAUUGAGCCCAUAUUCGCCACAAUGGCCUUGUACGACCUGAAAGAAAAGAAAAAGAUAUCGGAGAACUUCUACUGUGACCUGAACAGUGAGCAGUUUAAAAACUUCUUGAAAUAUCACACGCCUCAAGUCGAGCACUCUAGCCUGGCCCGAUCCGCCAUCUUCUCCAUCACCUACCCCUCCCCCGACAUCUACCUGGUUAUUAAGCUUGAAAAGGUGCUUCAGCAGGGAGAGAUUGGAGACUGUGCUGAUCCCUACAUGACACUGAGGGAAAGUGACUCUGGAAAGAACAAGGACAAACUGGAUAAACUGCGGGGUCAGGCUGAAACCUUCUGCUACAGACUGGGCCGUUAUCGAAUGCCCUUCGCCUGGGCCACCGUCAACAUCAUGGACGUCAUCUCCACCGCCACCGCCUCCAUGGACACCACUGACUCCGACAGCUUAAAAGGAGGGAAGUCCAGCAGCAUAGACAGACGGACUCAGUUGCCCCGAAGAAACUCUGAGCGCUACAGCACUUUCGAGGAUCAGUUGUGUAAUAUUUCUGCCUUCAAACCGGCAACCAUCACCAUCAGCACCAUCUUCAAACAGGAGGGUGAUCGCUUAAGUGAUGAAGACUUGUUGAAGUUCCUGUCCGACAUUAAAAAGACGUCCACUCCACAACGAAGAAUAAAGACAAUUCCAGGGACCAUCAGACUGGACAUGUCCCCUCUGCACGACACUCCUCUGAGCUGUCUGUCCACGGAGCUCAUUCCUCUCGUCCCGGUGGCAGAAAAGAACAUUCGACCCGUCAAAGAGGUGCUGGAGUUCCCGUCGAGCGAGGUCUACGUCCCACACAAUGUUUACCGGAAUCUCUUGUACGUGUACCCUCAGAGGCUCAACUUUGUAAACAGAUUAACCUCAGCCAGAAACAUCACCAUUAAAAUCCAGUUCAUGAGUGGAGAGGAUCCGUCCUGCUCCAUGGCAGUCAUUUUUGGAAAAUCAAGUGGUCCCGAAUUUGUCCGUGAAGUCUACACACCUGUGACCUACCAUAACAAGUCCCCAGACUUCUAUGAGGAGGUAAAACUAGCCCUGCCAGCUCGUCUCACAGAGAGACAUCACCUGCUGUUCACCUUCUACCACAUCAGCUGCCAGCAGAAGCAGAAUCAGAGUGGAAGCUGCGAAACACUUAUUGGAUACUCAUGGCUUCCCAUGUUACACUGCGAUCGGCUGCAGGCUGGGCCGUUCUGUUUGCCAAUUGUUUUGGACAGACUGCCCAUAAAUUACUCUCUUCACCCACCAGAGAAACUUCCUCAGCAGGUCCCUCCAGUCAAAUGGAUGGAAAGUCAUAAAGGUCUUUUUAAUCUUGAGAUCCAGGCUGUGUCGUCUGUACACACUCAGGACAACCACUUGGAGCGGUUCUUCUCUCUGUGCCACGCUCUGGAGGGAGGGGUCACGUUCCCUCUGAGGGUCCGGGACGAGAAGAUCCCUGAAAACAAACUGGAGCACGAGCUGAAGCUGAGCAUCAUCUCGCUGUCGUCAUCCAGCCUGGAGCCGCUGGUCAGCUUCCUCCACCUGGAGCUGGAGAAACUCUUCACCCUCAUCAUGCAGCCCAUGGUCAUCGCUGGACAGACUGCCAAUUUAGCGCAGAUUGCGUUUGAAUCUGUGGUGUCCAUCGUCAACAGUCUUCACAACAGUCAAGAGUUGAGCCGAGACCAACAGGGCAGAAACUGCCUCUUAGCCACAUACCUCUACUGGGUCUUCUGCCUGCCAGAGCCCCCAAAGGAAACGCACAAUUUAGGUGUUGGGAGCGUCCCAUCCGUGGAGCCUCUUCGUUUCAGCACUCUGGGCAGAGCGACGGCGGCGUCAGUGGGAUCCAUGCUUUUACAUUCCAGAAUCCGCAGCAGCAGUAACCCAGAUAUCCCUGCUCCACACGGCUCUGCAGAGGAUGAUGAAGUGCAGAGCAUUCUCUUGGCCAAGGGCCACAACAGUCCAGGCAGCCGCAUGUCCACCUAUGUGGAGGGGAACAACCAGGGCAGCAGCGGCAGCACCAGGCCCUCCAACAGGAAGCUGUUUCACGAGGAGCUGGCCUUACAGAUGGUGGUCAGCACUGGGGUCUGUAGAGAGAACUCCUACAAAUAUGCGUGGUUCUUCUUUGAGCUCCUGGUCAAAAGCAUGGCCCAGCAUGUAUCCCAGCUUGACAAGCAAAAUGUUUCCCGAAGGAGCCGUUUUUCCGAUCGUUUCAAAGAUGACAUUGCCACAAUUGUCUCCGUGGUUACAGCAGAGAUUUGUACCAUUCUGGUCAAACAGCAAAAGGAGGUGGAACAAGCGGAGAAAGUCAACAUCAGUCUGGCCUUCUUCCUGUACGACCUGCUGUCGCUCAUGGACCGCGGCUUUGUGUUUCUGCUGGUGAAAAACUACUGCAACCAGAUGACGUCCAAAAGCGUGUCGAUGCCCACACUGAUCAGCAUGCGUCUGGAGUUCCUGCGGAUCCUGUGCAGCCACGAGCACUACCUCAAUCUGAGCCUCUUCUUCAGCAGCCCGGCCUCAGCGCCAGCCUCCCCUUGUCCAUCUAUCUCCUCCCAGAGUUCUGGCUCAUGUAGUUUCCAGGAGCAGCAGAGGAUCUUGGCUCUUUUUGACCUUUCCCAUGAUUUUAAACAACAGCACUAUCUGACCGGCCUGCUGCUGACCGAGCUCAACGCUGCCCUCGACAUGGAAUCAGAGGGGGCGAAGGUGCAAAGAAAGGCCAUAAAUGCUGUGUACAGUCUGCUGUGCACCCAUGAUCUGGACCACCGCUGCAUCAAACCUGAAGUCAGAGCAAAAGUGGCUGCUCUCUACCUCCCUCUUGUGGGCAUUAUAAUCGACUCCACUAAUUACCUGGACUUCACUGUUUGUGACACUCGCAGUGGGAAAAACAAGUCGGGGGGACCUGAGGAUGACCUUGAGAAUGUCCCACCCAUCAAUCAGUCUGUUGCCAUGGCGAUCGCCGGAAACCCUUUCAACACGCUCGGCCGCAACGUGCUGGUAUCCAUGGCGUCGAUGCAGGGUAAAUCUGUAGCCACGUUGCCCGCAGACACCAGUCGAAACCUGCUGGUGUGUUUCUUGUGGGUGAUGAAGAACGUCGAUGGGAGUUUGAUCCAGCGCUGGACUGUGGACAUGCCCCCGUCACAACUCAACAAACUCCUGGAGCUCCUCACCAUCUGCCUCUCCUGCUUUGAAUACAGGGGAAAACAGAGCACGGACAAAGUGAGUGCCCAGGCUCUUCAGAAAUCACAGCACGCCAAACUGCAGCUGGAGGAGGCUCUGCUGAAGGGGGCCGGGGCCCGCGGAGAAAUGAUGAAGAGAGUUGGAGGAAUGGACAAAACUUUGGGUUAUGGAGACAACCGACGCUGGAGGAAAGACCUGACCCAGUGGAGGCAAACCAACGAUCGCCAGGAUAAAACAAAAGCAGAGUUGGACCAAGAAGCUUUGAUUAGUGGAAAUUUAUCCACAGAAGCAAACCUCAUCGUUCUGGAUCUACUGGAAACUAUUGUUCAGGCGGUGCCGCUGGCUGAUUGUAAGGACAGUGUGGUGGGAGGGGUCCUCCGGGUGCUGCUUCACUCUCUCACCUGUAAUCAAAGCACCACUUUCCUCGGCCACACUUUCAGCACACUGCGGGCGCUCGUGGUCAAGUUUGGAGACCUGCUGUUUGAGGAGGAGGCUGAGCAGUGUUCAGACCUCUGUCAGAAGGUUCUACAGUACUGCAGCAGUCCAGUGGACGACAACAGGAGCCAGGCCUGCGCCACUCUCUACCUCAUCAUGAGAUACAGCUACAGCAACGCCAGUAAUUUCUCCAGGGUGAAAAUGCAAGUAACCAUGUCUCUGGCCUCUCUCGUGGGCCAAUCCUCAGACUUCCAGGAGGAGCACUUACGGCGCUCUCUCCGCACCAUCCUGGCCUACGCAGAGGAGGACUCGGAGAUGCAGAAUACCCAACUCCCCUCACAGGUGGAUGAGCUGCUAAGAAACCUAAACAGUAUUUUGUCAGACACUGUAAAAAUGAGAGAAUUCCAAGAAGAUCCAGAGAUGUUGAUGGACCUAAUGUACAGGAUUGCUAAGGGCUACCAGACCUCUCCGGACCUGCGCCUGACCUGGCUGCAGAAUAUGGCAGAGAAACACAACAACAGGAAGUGCUACACAGAGUCAGCCAUGUGUCUAGUGCACGCUGCUGCCCUGGUGGCCGAGUACCUCAGCAUGCUGGAGGACCACAAGUAUUUACCUGUGGGAAGUGUCACUUUUCAGAACAUCUCCCCCAACGUGCUGGAGGAGUCGGCCGUGUCAGAUGACGUCCUGUCCCCGGAUGAAGACGGCGUGUGUUCGGGGCGAUACUUCACCGAGAGCGGACUGGUGGGGCUCCUGGAGCAGGCGGCCGAGCUGUUUAGCAAUGGCGGCCUUUACGAAGCUGUGAAUGAAGUCUACAAGAUCAUCAUCCCGAUACUUGAAGCACAUCGAGACUUCCGCAAGCUGUCGUCCACUCACAAUAAGCUGCACAAGGCCUUUGACAACAUCAUCCAAAAGGGACAUAAAAGGAUGUUUGGAACCUAUUUUCGAGUCGGUUUCUACGGGUCUAAGUUUGGUGACCUGGAUGAACGAGAAUUUAUCUACAAAGAACCGGCAAUCACACAUUUGCCGGAAAUAUCGCACAGAUUGGAGAAUUUCUACAGCCAGUGUUUUGGAGAUGACACUUUGGUCAUGAUCAAAGACUCGUCACCGGUGGAUCAAUCGCAGCUAAAUCCCAACAAGGCAUACAUUCAAAUCACGUAUGUGGAGCCCUUUUUUGAUGACUACGAAAUGAAAGACCGAAUGACAAACUUUGAGAAAAACUUCAACUUACGACGCUUCAUGUACACGACACCGUUCACAAAGAGCGGCCGGCCGCGCGGGGAACUCAACGAGCAAUACAAAAGAAAAACUAUUCUGACCACUAUGCACGCCUUCCCCUAUGUCAAGACACGCCUCAACGUCAUCCAGAAAGAAGAGUUUGACCUGACCCCAAUCGAAGUGGCCAUAGAGGACAUGCAGAAGAAGACCAGAGAGUUGGCAGUGGCUACACACAGAGAGCAGCCGGAUGCUAAGAUGUUACAGAUGGUGCUGCAGGGCUCAGUGGGGGCCACGGUCAACCAGGGCCCGUUGGAGGUGGCCCAAGUCUUCCUGAAUGAAAUCCCAGCUGACCCCAAGCUGUUCCGUCACCACAACAAGCUCCGUCUGUGUUUCAAAGAGUUCAUAAUGAGGUGUGGGGAGGCAGUGGAGAAGAAUAAGCACUUAAUCACCUCCGACCAGAAAGAGUACCAACAAGAACUGAAAAAGAACUACAAUCGCCUGAGAGAAAACCUGAGGCCAAUGCUGGAGAGGAAGAUUCCUGAGCUGUAUAAACCUAUCAUCCGGCCGCGGCUCGAAAACAGGGAAUCCUUCAAACGCCUGAGUUUCCGCCGGGCUGCUGAAGAAAACUUGUGA